UACAAGAGGAUGGCGGGAGGCUCAGAGCAAGGACGGGCGGCCGAAUUAUAUGAGCGGCUUAAGAGGAUGUCUUGCCCGUGUCUGGAGGGUAUUUAUCUUACAGAGCCACAAAGCAUGCUUGAGUUGCUAUGCACCCCCUCAGCGCAUCGCCUGGAAGUCCUGGAGUGGAUCUGUGCCCGGGUUUACCCCCCACUUCAUGACCAACUGUCCUCAUUAAAAGAAUCACAGACAGACCUUAAAGUGAAAGAGAUGGCAAAACUUGGCUUUGACCUCAUGCUGUGCCGUGCUGAUGACCUGGACCUCAUCAAGGGUCAAGCCAGCCCACACAAACAACUCAGCUUUAUGGGACAGUUACUGGAUGUGGUUCACACUUGUGGAGACCCAACAAGCGGUGUGACGGUGGAAUCUGCAUCUCUCGGCUUUGACAAAGCAUUUGUGACCAAUGUUCGAGAGAAUGAGGAGCUGCUGAAAGUGCUGUUCUCCAGUCCUCACUUUCAUGCCACCCUUACCCCUGAGUGCAGCCCAUGGCCAGCUGAUCUCAAGCCACUCUUACUGGCCGAGGAUCCGCUUCAGAAACGGGCGCCUCCACCUGCUAACGCCAUCAGUCAGCUCUUGGGAACAUUACAGGAAGUCUCAGCGGCACUUCAGCCGCUAAAGGAAGAGUGCACGUUCCUUGAGAGCUCGACGCCCGGUGGUGACACUCUCGUACAGACCAUGAAGUUGGUACUGACAGAUUUCUACCAGCUUGUUGUUGCUUUUAACCAAGUGUAUGAGAAUGAGUUCCAGGAGCAUUGCAGCCACUCGCCCCCUCACAUUAGCCAGGCAGGACCCCUUUUUCAAACCAUACAUCAGUUGCUGGAAGACUGCAGCAAGGAGCUUGAAGCCAUUGCACAGUUUACACAAACCUCAGAGAACAUUGUUGAAGUGGUAGAGAAACGGCAGAACUGGAAGGAAUCUUGGGGCGGCAGUAAUGCAGCAACUUUAUAUGAGAAAAUUCAAGAACUGAAACAAAUCUAUGACUUCCUAUAGCAAUUGCACUAAUGCUAUGACGUUUCACACCCAGAGGUACCAGCUGCCAUGUGCACUGCACCAGGGCAGCACUAUGCUGCCAAAAGGACCCUAAUACAGAGUAAAAAUGGCUGCUGGUACGGCAGCUGAAGACAAAGCAACAUAAUCGAAAGGGAUUCUUGUUUUAUAAAUUAAUUUAUCCAUGCAAUGAAUGCAUCAGGAAGUUAAAUCAAUAUUAUUUUUAUACAAUUUAAACAGUAUGUUUGUAUUUAAUCCAAUAGCACACAAUGUAUGUGUUCCUAUGAAAACUAUACAAGUGUUUAUUUGCUUAUGGAGAGCCUUUUGUCACCAUAACUUGUGACAUUUUGAUUUUUCUUUUUACUUUCUGAUUACAUUAUGUAUUUAACAGUUGUACUGUUGUUCCAGCCAACGCAUUUCUCUCUGCCCUUAGGUGGUUUCACUUUUGUCUUGGUUUUCAUUUAAUUGACUUGUAAAUAAAUCUGAAUUACAUAA